AUGUUUUCGCAUCUCCCUACAGCUUCCCAGAGUCGUCUCUACCACUCCGGACGCUCUAAACCAGAGACCGAAGACCGUAUUACUCGUCCAUCUCGCUCUCUACCCACCGCCUCAGACGCCGACCUUCCUCACCUCACACCAUCCAAGACCGUACACAUGACCCAGAUCACCGAAAAGCCCGAAACAAAGCGCCUCGCCACAGCCGCCUGCACCGUUUCCUUCUCGAACCCCCGACCCUGGGAAAUCCUUCGCGAAGGCCAAACCACGCACAAAGGCGACGUCUUCAGCGUUGCCCGGAUUGCGGGUAUCAUGGCCGCCAAAAAGACGCCGGAUAUUGUACCCCUUUGUCAUCCCGGCAUUGGCAUUACCGGGGUCGAAGUUAGUGUGGAAUUGGCUGGGCCUGCGCAAAGCAGGGAUCACGGCGCCAUGCACGUUGUGGCGUCGGUCAGCUGCUUUGGUCGCACAGGGGUAGAAAUGGAGGCUAUGACUGCUACUAUGGGUGCGGCUUUGACGAUUUAUGAUAUGCUCAAGGCUGUGGAUAAGGGGAUGGUUAUUGAUUCUGUUAGAUUGUUGGAGAAACAGGGUGGCAAGAGUGGACAUUGGGUACGGGAAUGA